UUAUUGUGUACGGACUGUGAUCUCCAGAACGGCUGACAGUACACAGGACCGAAACUAAGAUGGCAUCUGGAAGGAUUCGUUCCACACGUCGCCUGCGUUCCUGGAUAGUGGAACAGGUGAACAGUGGGAAGUAUCAUGGCCUAGUGUGGGACAACCCUGAGAAAACCAUGUUUCGUAUCCCAUGGAAACAUGCAGGAAAACAAGAUUUCCGAACUGAGGAGGAUGCAGCUAUUUUCAAGGCUUGGGCAGAGUUUAAAGGGAAGCUUUUGGAGAAUGGAAAUUCAGACCCUGCGUCCUGGAAAACUCGCCUUCGCUGUGCCCUCAACAAAAGUACAGAGUUUUGUGAGGUCACUGAAAGGUCACAGCUGGACAUCUCAGAACCCUACAAGGUUUACCGCCUCGUACCACUAGAAGAACAAGGAGUGGGGAAAGUGAAAAACGAGAAUGGACAAAAGCCAGUGAGGAGCAGCAGAAAGAGACGCAGUGAAUCCGAGCAAGAUGAGGAGCAGACUACAUGCAAAAUAUUAAUCAAAGAGGAGGUUAUUUUGCCCCAGUCCAUCAACAUGAGUGCACAGGAAAUCAUCCCACACACAGGAAGAGAAAUCACACUCCAAGCAGAGCUGGAGACAAACCCCUUGAAGACUGACAACAACACUGAAGAUAUCCAUGUAAACUUCACCAUUGAAGCUGUCGAGAAGAGAGUGCUGCAUUCUUUCCACAUAACCGUGCACUACAUUGGUCAGGAGGUUCUGCGGCGAGAAAUAAUGGGUAACGAUGUUCGGAUCGCUUACCUGCCUCCCUCACCUGUCCCUCCAUCUCCACCAUCUCUAAACGGUGCUGGCUUCCAUCGAAUCCCUCUCCCAGACCCCCCGUCAGACUUGAGCUCCGACCCCAGCCUCGCCCCACGUUUGACCGCUCUUAACAAAUUGCUGCCCUUCAUGGAGAGUGGAAUAGUCCUGACCUCGACAGGAGGAGGCAUCUAUGCCAAGCGCUUCUGUCUGGGACGGGUGUUCUGGAGAGGACCACAUAACACCACCACAGGACCCUGUAAAAUGGAGAGAGCAAGCGAGCCCACCCAGCUGUUCAGCAAGGAUAUAUUCAAACAGGAGUUGGACGCUUUCCGCAGUGGAGGAAAACAACCUCAAAGUGAGAUCACGCUGUGUUUUGGAGAAGAGCUGUAUGAUGGAGAUAACAUCGAUGAUAAACACAUCAUCAUUAAGACAUUUGCAUUCCACAGCUUGGUUUUGCAGUGUAAAGCACUGUAUGAGUCUACAAUUAAUUGGGCACUAUUUUUACAGAGUGCACAGGAAAUCAUCCCACACACAGGAAGAGAAAUCACACUCCAAGCAGAGCUGGAGACAAACCCCUUGAAGACUGACAACAACACUGAAGAUAUCCAUGUAAACUUCACCAUUGAAGCUGUCGAGAAGAGAGUGCUGCAUUCUUUCCACAUAACCGUGCACUACAUUGGUCAGGAGGUUCUGCGGCGAGAAAUAAUGGGUAACGAUGUUCGGAUCGCUUACCUGCCUCCCUCACCUGUCCCUCCGUCUCCACUGUCUCUAAACGGCACUAGCUUCCAUCGAAUCCCUCUCCCAGACCCCCCGUCAGACUUGAGCUCCGACCCCAGCCUCGCCCCACGUUUGACCGCUCUUAACAAAUUGCUGCCCUUCAUGGAGAGUGGAAUAGUCCUGACCUCGACAGGAGGAGGCAUCUAUGCCAAGCGCUUCUGUCUGGGACGGGUGUUCUGGAGAGGACCACAUAACACCACCACAGGACCCUGUAAAAUGGAGAGAGCAAGCGAGCCCACCCAGCUGUUCAGCAAGGAUAUAUUCAAACAGGAGUUGGACGCUUUCCGCAGUGGAGGAAAACAACCUCAAAGUGAGAUCACGCUGUGUUUUGGAGAAGAGCUGUAUGAUGGAGAUAACAUCGAUGAUAAACACAUCAUCAUUAAGAUCUCUAUCCCCUGGGUUGAGUCGCAGAUAGAAGAGGUCAAGACCCUCAGAAACUCUAUUGCAUUUCUCAAAAGUUUGGCCAGCCAGUCUCCUACAGGGGAAGUGACGCUAAACAUUGUUGAAGUAUUGCAGCAGUAACAAACCUCUAAGAAAACACUUACUGCAUUCUUGACAUUAAGGGUCAAAAUGAAGAAAAACAACUAUAUAUGGCAUGACUUGAGACAACUUGUAUAAACACUUUCUGUAGGUAGUGGAAAUAAAUAUUGUAAUUAUUAGUUGCUUCAAAUGCUUCAAAUAUGUAGCCAUCUAGUAGUUAAAUCCACAUAUUUAUAAGUAAUAUAAAACGUCUUUAGUCAGUAUAGCUUUGUUUGUUUCACAGCCAAAUGUGUAAGAACACAAAAUAUGUUGUGUCAUUUUUUACCACUAUGCAUAUAUCAUCUGCCGUAGUGGAGUCUGAGUAAAGAUGUUCAAAAUCAUUAAAUGUAUUAAUAACGAUGUUCAUGGUUAACUACAAGUGGAUUGUUAAAUUACCCUGUACAUUUUCAUCCAACGCUAAUGUUUCACUGAAUUUAUCACGUUUUAAAAAUAAAUUA